GCCGCGACGGCGCUCGGCUGCUCCGACGGCGGCAGAGGGGCGAACGAGGCUCAGUAGCGUUCCGGCUGCCAGCGAGCGAGCGUCCCUGUGCGACCCACCGACAGACCCUCUGCCUCUCUCUGCCUCUCUCUCUGUCUCUCAUUCUCUCUCUGAGUGCUGCAGACCAUUUCGCUCGUGGUUUUUGUGGUGGAAAAAGCAAAGUGCGAGAGUGCCGCCGCCCGGAAAAGCGGGCAAGAAACCGCAACGAGACAGUGACAGUGACCGCCGAGAGUAAUUUUAAUAAAAUGACAUCGGCCCGCUCGUGAGAAAGGAUUUUCGUGACACGCUUUUUGGAUUACAAACACAAAACAGGAGCUGGAUGUCGCUCAACGUAGGUAGAAGACUGUCAGCGUGGCGGCCGCGAGAGUCGUCGCCGAGCGUGCAGGGAUGAGGUCACGAGCGGGGCGCCUUUUCUUAUCCAAGUGGGCGCCCUUGCAUUGACCAACCACUCAGAAUGUUCGUCCCUAGAUGUCCUUUGGCUUCCGCCGUGGUGCUAAUUCUGCUCGCGCUCGCGGCAACGGAGGUACUUGUGUCUGCGGACGCGAUCGCGGCGCCCGACUGGACGGAUCACUGUCCGGCGACGUGCAAGUGCAAGUGGAUAUCGGGCAAGAAGACGGCCAGCUGCCGCGAGGCCGGCCUGACCACGAUCCCUGGCUCUUUGAACGCCGACAUCCAGGUGCUUGAUAUCAACGGAAACCCCAUUCCCAUCCUCUCGAAAGCAAUCUUCAGUGCAGUGGGAUUACUAAACCUGCAACGCAUUUAUCUGAAAGGCUGCGGAAUCAAGGAGAUCGAACCUUCGGCGUUCAGGGAUCUGACCAUCCUGAUCGAGGUGGACCUCUCCAGCAACAGCCUCACAAUGCUGGACCCAAAGACCUUCCUUGGCAACAACAGGCUGCGCAUCCUCGACCUCAGUGGUAAUCCUUUGAAUCAGCUGCGUGAGGAGCAGUUUCCGUCGCUGCCCCACUUGAAGACGCUGGAGAUGAAGUCGUGUCGGCUCAAACACGUCCACAAGAGGGCCUUUGCUAACCUGGCGGCCCUCGAAUCACUCAGUCUGAGCAACAAUAAGCUCAAGUAUUUGACAGAGGCGGUUUUUGCCCCUCUCGUGCAGAUCAAAUCGCUGUCGCUGGACGGGAAUCCGUGGCUCUGCGACUGUCAACUUCGGGACUUCAAAACCUGGUUUCUAAAAGUGAAACUUUCUUCCUUGCCGCUGACCUGUUCCGAGCCUGAGAGUCUCAAGGGCCGGCCGUGGGGAGACAUCGAUUCCUCAUUCUUUUCCUGCGCUCCGCGGGUUGAGCUUACGGACACGAUGGUGCAGGGAGAGGUGGGCGGAAACGCCACAUUCGGGUGUCAAGUGUGGGGAGACCCUGAGCCCAGUCGCGAGUGGCUCUUCAAUGGCCACUCACUCAACAUGAAUGGCAGCGACCCCAACGUGCAGAUGGAACAGGACAACUCUGGCUGGCUCAAUGUGACGUUGUCUAACCUGACCGACCUUUACGUCGGUGAGUACUCGUGCGUUGCGGAGAAUAUCGGCGGUAGGGCGGUGAAAAACCUGACGUUGAUUCUACCUGAAGUGGUGACCGCCACGACUCUGAGCAAGGCAGAGUCGUGGCUGUUAAUGGCUGGGCUGUUGGCUGGUGGAGCCGGCACGGUCGUCACGGCUCUCACGGCCGGCAUGUGCCUCUGCCUCUGCUCGCGGCGAAACAGGAAAAAGGGCAACAGGCAGUCCAAGUUGUCAGGCAGCGUCAGUUAUACAGACCAGGAGAAAAAGCUGCUUGACUGCAGCAUCACGGAGCGAGCGUCGGGCACGGUUAGUUUCGAGGGCAUGUCACAGACUGAUAUGGAAUUGUUGACUAGAGACCCCUCGACCGUUGAUCUCUCCGCCGAGCCGGUGCACAUCACCAUCGAAAACCUGCCAGCCGACUGCGUGCUUGCUAACGCGGCCGCCACCGGUGCCGGCUGCAGCGGCGGCGGGCCGGCCUACCCUUCGAAUGGGGCGCCCUACGUGAUUCCACCACCUCCUCAGCCCCUCGCGGCGCAGCAACUACCGCGAGGGGCCCUGGCGCCACCACCAGAAUUUUCAUCAGGGCUCGCUCCAACCUCGUUCGGCAACAUCUUCAUCGCGGUCAAGGACCCAAACGCAUCUGGUAACGCCUCCAAUCCGCACGACGACGUCACGCGGUACCCUGACCUGCUGGACCUGCCGCAUCGCUCCAAAGGCGUCAGCGUCACGGUGGGGAGCGAAAGGCCGUACCACCUUCACCAUACUCUCCGCCAUCCCCACCACGCACACCCCCACCACCACCACCGGCCCCACCAGCAGUACUAUCAGGCCCACCAGUGCUGCCCCACCACCGGCUUUGAGCAAUGCGUGCCCGAGAUGGCCGUCGGUGACACCUUGCUUGCAGCAGCGUGCGCCACCCUUCCCAGGCGGCCACGGACCAACUCCGGCAGCAAAGUGGGGCCAGUUGUGUGCGUGCGGUCACAUUACGACACCGUUGGGCCCCGCGUCACGGCGAGUGGGGGCAGCGGCUCCGUGCUUUCUCUUCCAGAGACCUCGGAAGAGGAGGCCAAGGCCCAGGAAACGGGCGGCCAGGGACAGAAGGAGGUUCCGACGCCGCCGCCACCCCCAAUGUGCACACCCCUGCCACCCGAGUUCGUGUCGCUUUAAUAAACUGGUGCACGCGCGGCGUUUGUAUCGUAACUGUGCUGUGACGACCCCAUUCCACUCUAAUUCCACCACCCCCGCCAAUCGCGUAGCAAACAAAAUACCCUGGCGUUCUGUUAUCUGUAGGGUUGGGAAUAUGGAUGUGGACUUUCGAUUAAAAUAUAGGACUCUUAUUAGAUGGUUUUGAGUUCAGUUUGAAUUUUUAAAAAUUUUAUUGCCAGCAAUAUCACAAAUACAGUGGAUUAAAAUUCUCUCAUAUUGUUUUGGUUCCUUUAAAGAGCUCCAUGAUCAAAUUAUGAUAGUUUUAUUGACGAAAUUAAAAUAU